AUGGACGCGCUUCGGUCGGCUCUGCAGCCCGUCACCCACAACCUUCCGGGUCCGAUCCGGGAUAUUGGUCUCUCUCUCAUCGGAGAGUCGUGUUACAAGAAGCUGAUCCUCGAUAUCGACCUCGAGAACAACCCCGAAUGCGUUAAACUCGGCAUCAGCAAGGCCCUCGGCAUUGGCAUCGUCGUUGCCUCCUCCAUCGUCAAGGUGCCUCAGAUCCUCAAGCUCGUCAACUCGAAGUCGGCCAGCGGCGUCUCGUUCUUCUCGUAUCUCCUCGAGACCAGCAGUUUGCUCACGUCACUCGCCUACAAUGUCCGCAACGGAUUUCCCUUCAGCACCUUUGGCGAGACGGCCUUGAUCCUCGGUCAAAACGUCAUCAUAUCCGUGCUCGUGCUCAAGUACAGCGGCAGGGCUGGCAUUGCGGCCUUGUUCGUCGCGGCUCUGGCUGUCGGCGUUGCUACUCUCUUCAGCGAGCAGCUCCUUAACAUGCAGCAAUUGAGCUACCUACAGGCAGGCGCUGGCGUACUGGGUGUUGCCAGCAAGGUUCCCCAGAUCGUGGCUAUUCUGCAGGAGGGUGGCACUGGACAGCUCAGCGCAUUUGCUGUCUUCAACUACCUCGCCGGAUCCCUCUCGCGCAUCUUCACCACUCUCCAGGAGGUCGAUGACAAGCUCAUUCUCUACGGAUUCAUUGCCGGUUUCGCGCUGAACCUGGUUCUCGCUCUGCAGAUGGUAUACUACUGGAACGCGCCCUCGGCCAAGGCACGCGGCAAGCAGAAGGUGCCUGCGGGCCCGAUUCCUGCUGCGGCGUCGUCGUCGGCUACCGCUACUGGCGCUUCCAUCUCCUCCGAGCCGAGAGCGAAGAGCAAAGGUCCCACGACUCGUCGCCGGGGUUAG